AUGGGGCUCAUACAAGAUUCAAAUACUUCUUUAAAGCCCAGUGUGGCACUGCCACUGCUAGCAGUCAUAUCGGGGUUACUGUAUAUCACAUACACUGUGAUUUACAAUCUUUUUUUCCACCCUCUCAGAAAAUUUCCAGGUCCGAAACUCUGGGCACUUCACUAUGGAUUUUAUGCCCGUUUAGAGCUCUCUGGCGAAGGCCACCGAAGAAUGGUGAGAAUGCACAUGAAGUACGGCCCAGUCAUUCGAGUCGCCCCAAACCAUCUAGCUUUUUGCCAUCCUGAUGCGAUGAAUGAUCUUUCAUCUCAUCGAAAGCCAGGCCAGCUUGAAAAUGGCAAAGAAGAGUCCCGCAGCUUGAGUGUCCCCCACAGCAUCAUUGGCGCAUCCCGUACCGACCAUACUCGAAUGCGAAAAGCCAUGACAAACGGAUUUUCUCAACAGUCAAUGAUCAGCCAGCAGCCUCUGAUCAAAGUCUACAUCGACAAGCUAUUUGAGAAAUUUAAAGAAGCAAGUAAAAAAGGGGACAAAAUUGAUGCGGUUGCGUGGUAUAAUUACACGACUUUCGAUAUCGUUGGGGACUUGGCUUUUGGUGAACCAUUUGGGUGCCUUCAGGAAUCUACCUACCACCCCUGGGUGGAUCUUAUUUUUAAAAGCAUUAAAGGUAUAGCAUUUGAUUCAUCUUUUAGACGUAUGGGCUAUCUUCAUGCUAUCCUCAUGUCCUUGAUUCCCAAAUCGAUGAAGGAUAAAUUUGAACAACACAAGAAGCUAUCGGAGGAGAAAGUUUUGAAAAGAUUGAAGUCGGAUACAGAUCGAAAAGACUUCAUAGCUUCCAUGGCGUCCAGGAAAGGGAAAGAUGAAUUAACUUUACAGGAGCUUGCUGUCAACGCUGGUAUUCUAGUCAUCGGUGGUUCAGAAACAACAGCAACGGCACUCUCUGCGGCAACAUACUUCCUUGGUACGAAUCAAGAACCUCUGAAGAAGCUAUGCGAAGAAGUCCGGUCUGCGUUCAACAAUGAAGCAGAGAUCGACUUGUUUAGCGUUGGCCGUCUCAACUACAUGCUCGCCGUUUUGGAUGAAACAAUGAGGCUUCACGCGCCGGUUCCAGCCACAACUCCGCGAACUAUUAAUGAGUUGGGAGACACCAUUGCAGGCUACUAUGUGCCACCAGGGACAAAUAUUGAUAUCUGGUACUGGACCAUGUUCCAUUAUCCUGAAUAUUGGACUCAGGCAGAAGAUUUUAUCCCAGAACGCUGGCUGGGGGAUUCGCGAUUUGAGCAUGACAAGAGACAAAUCUUCACUCCUUUUUCCGUUGGGCCUAGAAACUGUAUAGGCAAGAACCUUGCGUAUGCCGAGAUGCGACUCAUCCUUGCCAAGCUCAUUUGGAAUUUUGAUAUUGAGAUUGCAGAAGAAAGCAUUGACUGGGACAAAAAGUGCGGAUGCUAUAUUCUAUACGAGAAGGGGCCCCUUUACGUUUAUCUGAAGCCUAGGAAGAAUAACUGA